AUGGGUAAACAAUUCCAUCCACAACGUGUUAUAACAGAUUAUGAACCAGGCUUAAUGCCUGUUUUAGAACAAGAAUCUCCUACUGCAGUCCAUCAUGGACGUAUGUAUCACUUCAAUCAAGCUAUUCAUCGAAAGAUUAAGGAUUUAGGUUUGGUAAAUGAUUAUUUACAUAAUGAAACUAUUCGUGAUCAAUGUCGUCAACUUAUGACUUUAAGUCUUAUGUCGAUUAAUGCAGUGGAGAAUCAAUUUCAACGUUUACAAACAAUUAUGUCAACAUCGUUAAGUGAUUUAUUAUUGUACUUUAAACAUCAGUGGAUGCAUGGUGUUGUUCCGAUUCGUAUGUGGAAUUUUCAUAACGUUAACCAUCGAACGAAUAAGACUUCAGAAGCUUAUAACCUUCGAUUUGCAACUAGAUUGUCAAGAAAGCACCCAAAUAUUUGGAGCUUUAUACAAUUAAUUCAAAGUGAACAUAUUCGUUUUGAACAUAUUUCAGCAUAA